AUGGAGGGACAUUAUAAACACAUUGGAGACGACGGGGGAAAUUAUAAACAUCUCAACGGAGUGAGUGCACUUUGUAAACACCUUGUAGACGACGGGAAAGACUAUAAACAUCUCAACGGAGUGAGUUCUUCUUCAAAGUCAGAUGAAGUAGUGUGUAAUGGUGCUUGUGGGGCUGGAGAAACGGAAAUUCCCGAUGUACCUACAGAGUUGGAAAGCAAUACCGUAAUUCUGGAGGAUGGCAAUGGAGAACAAAUCGAAGAUGAUGGCACGGAGAAAGAAGAGGAAGAAGUUGAUCCAUGGAGCUUACUACCUGACUUACAGUCAAAUCAACCGAAAUGGUCUGAGUUAACAACUUGUGGUAAAGUGAAACGCAUUUUGAUUGGGUGGAUACUAAAACCAUUUCUGAUAUUCGUUUUCGUCUACUUCUUCAUCGUCUCCUUGGCAUUAAUGGGCGACGCUUUCACGCUUAUUGGAGGCUCGGCAGCAGGUGCGGCUCUCUCAGAUGCUACAUUAUUGGAGAACCCAAUCACGGGGUUGAUGGUUGGCAUGUUGGUUACGGUGCUGCUUCAGAGCUCCAGCGCCACGACAUCUAUUAUUGUUGCCAUGGUAGCAGCCAACAUGAUUGAAGUCGAAGAGGCCAUUCCCAUGGUGAUGGGAGCCAAUCUUGGCACAUCGGUUACCAACACAAUCGUUGCCGGAGGACAGGCAGGAGACCGAGACACAUUCAGGUUAUCCUUCGCUGGGGCUACCGUUCACGAUUGUUUUAACUGGUUGGCUGUUUUGGUAUUGCUCCCUCUUGAAUUGGCAACUGGUUACCUCUACAAUCUGACUUCAGCAAUCGUUGAGGGCUCCAAUCUAGAGUCUUUUGGGUCUGAUGAUAGGGUGAAGAUCACCGACCCAGUCGUGAACAAAAUCAUACAGAUCGACAUGGAAGUUUUAGAAGGAAUCGCCUUAGGAUUACUGGAACCCGGUGAAAAAAGCUUGGUCGAUAGAUGGUGUGAGUGUGAAGACGUGUAUUACAAUACAACCGUGUUCGCAUCGGUCAAUGGUACUAAUUACACUGGGGUUGUAGAAGUGUACAACUACACAAUAUACAUUGAGAGAUGUGAUUUCCUGUUUGCCCACUGCGACCUUGCUGAUCAAAUUAUUGGGGUCAUUCUAUUGGUUAUGUCAUUAAUACUUCUCAUGGGAUGUUUGCUCGGCAUCGUGAAAGUGCUUGGAUCAAUGCUGCGCGGCAGCGCCGCCAACGCAACCAAAAGGCUUUUAAAUGCAAAUUUCCCAGGGUAUCUUUCGUGGUUGACCGGAUACGUCGCCAUAUUGCUUGGCGCUUUUUUCACAAUGCUACUGCAAAGUAGUUCUGUUUUCACAUCCAUGUUGACUCCGCUCGUGGGCAUGCGUGUUAUAACACUGGCCAGAAUGUAUCCGUUGACACUGGGAGCGAAUCUCGGGACAACAUUCACGAGCUUACUCGCUGCAUUUGCAAGCUCCGAUUCACAAGAUUUCGAAGAAGGUGUCCAGAUAGCAUUAUGUCACUUAUUCUUCAAUUUAACUGCAAUAGUGAUUUUUUAUCCUAUUCCUUUUAUGCGCCGGCCUCCCAUCGGAGGUGCUAAGUUUCUCGGUAAUACAACGGCUGUAUACAGAUGGUUUUCCUUAGCGUACUUGUUAAUAGUUUUCCUCGCAUUGCCGAUAACCGUGCUCCUUCUUUCCAUAGCUGGUGAUAUAUACGUUGGUAUAUUUCUUAUCAUAGUUGGCACAAUCGCCUUCGUCGUCAUCACAAUCAAAAUUCUUCAGGCUAAAUGCCCCUGUUGUCUUCCAAAGUUUAUGCGUACAUGGGACUUCUUACCCAAAUUCAUGCGUUCUCUAGAACCAUAUGACUCGGUGAUUAAAAAGUGCAUGGUUGGAUGCGGUAAAUGCAAAGCAAAGUGUAGAUGUAAAAACAGCUCUGAGGAUAAGGAAGAGGUAACUAGCGAUGUCAAAUCUGUCUUUUCGGAAAAGGAUGUUGAAAUGGUGGUGAAAAACGGCUACGAAAUGCAAACCCUGGGUGACAACGAUGGCUUGGACAAUCCUAUGUUUACCGUCGAAUCGGAAAUAGAAUCCACUAACAACGGUAUAACGACGUGA